AUGAGCUACCGGAAGGGGUCCAAGGUCUGGGUGGAGGAGAAGGGGGAGGGGUGGCUCGAGGCGGAGGUGGUCGACGCCAGGGACCGCGCCGUCGUCGUGCUCACGAGCCAGCGGAAGAAGAUUUCAGUUUUGCCAGAGAAAUUGCUGCCUAGGGACACAGAUGAAGAUCUCGGUGGGGGGCAUGUUGAUGACAUGACCAAACUGACCUAUCUUAAUGAACCAGGUGUUUUGUACAAUCUGAAGCGGAGAUAUGCAUUGAAUGAGAUAUAUACAUACACUGGAAGCAUCUUGAUUGCUGUUAAUCCUUUCAUGAGGCUUCCUCACCUGUAUAAUGAGUACAUGAUGGAGCAAUAUAAGGGUGUCCGAUUAGGCGAUCUGAGUCCGCAUGUUUUUGCGGUUGCUGAUGCAUCAUACAGGGCUAUGGUGAAUGAUUCCCGGAGCCAGUCGAUCUUAGUAAGUGGUGAAAGUGGUGCUGGCAAGACUGAAACAACAAAGCUUAUCAUGCGAUAUCUUACGUAUGUUGGUGGCCGAGCUGUUCUUGAUGAUCGAUCAGUUGAGCAACAGGUUCUUGAAUCUAACCCUCUUCUGGAGGCAUUUGGGAAUGCAAAGACAAUUAGAAAUGACAACUCAAGCCGGUUUGGAAAAUUUGUCGAGAUCCAGUUUGAUAAAACUGGUAGAAUAUCCGGAGCUGCAAUUAGGACCUAUCUUCUGGAAAGAUCUCGUGUUGUGCAAAUUACUGACCCUGAAAGAAACUUUCAUUGUUUUUAUCAGUUAUGUGCAUCAGGAAAGGAUGCAGAGUUAUACAAGCUUGGCCAUGCAAGUACUUUUCAUUACUUGAAUCAAAGCAAGACAUAUGAAUUGGAAGGGACAAAUAAUGAAGAUGAGUACUGGAAGACGAAAAGGGCAAUGGAUAUUGUCGGCAUCAGCAGAAGUGAUCAGGAUGCUAUAUUUCGGACAUUGGCAGCCAUUCUCCAUCUUGGAAAUAUUGAGUUUUCUCCAGGAAAGGAAUCUGAUUCGUCGAAAAUUAAAGAUUCAACAUCAAAUUUUCACCUCCAGAUGACAGCUACACUACUCAUGUGCGAUCCAGAUCUGUUGGUCUCAUCUUUAUGUAGCCGGUCUAUACACACCACUGAAGGAAUAAUUAUAAAAGCAUUAGAUUGUGCUGCAGCGGUGGCUAAUCGUGAUACCUUAGCAAAGACUGUAUAUGCAAGAUUAUUUGACUGGCUUGUUCAGAAUAUUAACAAGUCAAUUGGUCAAGAUGUUGAUUCGAAAGCACAAAUUGGUGUUUUGGAUAUCUAUGGCUUCGAAAGCUUCAAACACAACAGCUUUGAACAGUUUUGCAUUAACUUUGCGAAUGAAAAGCUUCAGCAACAUUUUAACGAGCAUGUAUUCAAGAUGGAGCAAGAGGAGUACAAAAGCGAGAAAAUAAAUUGGAGCUACAUUGAAUUUAUUGACAAUCAAGAUAUGUUGGAUUUGAUUGAAAAGAAACCUAUUGGAAUUAUUGCACUGCUGGAUGAGGCUUGCAUGUUUCCAAAAUCUACUCAUGUAACCUUCGCAACAAAGAUGUUCAGAAACUUGUCUUCCCAUCCUAGGCUUGAGAAGACCAAGUUCUCAGAAACAGAUUUUAGUAUCUCUCACUACGCUGGGAAGGUGACAUAUCAAACAGAUUCUUUUCUGGAGAAGAAUCGGGAUUACAUUGUUGCAGAGCACUGCAAUCUUUUAUCAUCUUCAAGAUGUCCACUUCUUUCUGCUUUUACUUCUUUGCCGGAAGAGUCAGUAAGAUCGUCAUAUAAAUUCUCAUCAGUUGCUUCCCGAUUUAAGCAACAACUUCAAGCCCUCAUGGAAACGCUGAGCACAACAGAACCUCAUUAUGUACGCUGUGUGAAGCCUAACUCUGUUAAUCGGCCUCAGAUUUUUGAAAAUCAAAGUGUUUUGCACCAACUACGUUGUGGAGGUGUUUUAGAGGCUGUUCGCAUUAGUCUUGCUGGCUAUCCUACCAGAAGGACAUAUGCUGAAUUUGUUGAUCGGUUUGGUGUCCUAGUUCCUGAGUUGAUGCUCGGAAGUUACGAUGAAAGGGUGUUAACAGAGUCAAUCCUUGAAAAAAUGAAGCUCGACAAUUUCCAACUUGGUAGAACAAAGGUGUUCCUUAGAGCUGGUCAAAUCGCGAUACUGGAUGUGCGUCGUGCCGAGGUUUUGGACAAUGCUGCACGCCGCAUCCAAGGUCGUUUCAGAACAUUCAUCGCCCGCAAAGAGUUCAUGAAAACAAAGGAGGCUUCAAUUUCAGUUCAAGCAUAUUGUAGAGGUUGUUUUGCAAGGAAGAUGUAUACAAUCAUGAGAGAAACAGCAGCUGCCAUAAUUCUUCAGAAGCAUGUAAGAAGGUUGAUAUUACAGCGGAAUUACCAGGAAGCAUGUUCAGCAGCUCUGCUAAUUCAAUCCUGUAUACGGGGGUUUAUUGCUCGUCGCUAUUUCUCAACCAUCAGAGAGCAGAAGGCUGCUUUAGUGAUACAGUCCUUCUGGAGAAAACGGAAGGUUGCCAUGCUUUUCCAGCAUUACAAGCAAGCUACUAUAGCAAUUCAGUGUGCUUGGAGACAAAAACUUGCAAGAAAGGAGCUAAGGAAACUCAGAAUGACUGCAAAUGAAGCUGGUGCACUCCGGGAAGCGAAGAAUAAGCUUGAGAAAAAGUUGGAUGAUCUUACUUUAAGACUUACUUUGGAAAGAAGAAUGCGGGCUGCUGGCGAGGAAACAAAGUUGGUGGAAAUAUCAAAGCGGGACAAAAUAAUAGAAACAUUAAGCGCAGAAUGUGCUGCAGCUAAAUCAUCUGCCCGAACUGAACAUGACAAAAAUCUGCUUCUCCAGAGGCAAUUGAAUGAUUCUUUGGAAGAGAUAGCUAUGUUGCGCAGUAACAAGAUUCUGAAAGCAGAAGAAGAAAAACAGAACUCUAAUCUGAAGAACAUAGUCAAAUCAUUAUCGGAGAAGAAUUCGUUAUUGGAAAAUGAACUUAGCACAGCUCGUAAAAGUAGCGAUGAUACAAUGGAGAAACUGAAAGAUGUGGAGGGGAAAUGCACCCACCUCCAGGAAAAUCUGGAAAAAUUGCAGGAGAAACUGACGAGCUUGGAAAAUGAAAACCAUGUUCUAAGGAAUAAGGCGUUUAACAUUUCUCCAAAAACAGUGUCUGAGAAGUUUUCUGCUUCAAUUGGUCUUCCGAACAGCGAGCAGAAGCAUAUAUUUGAAACCCCAACAUCUACAAAACAUCUGGCUGCUAUUCCACAUAGUACUGGGACGAGGAGACAAAAGUUGCCUGUUGAAAGGCAUGAGGGAAACCAUGAGAUCUUAUCAAGAUGCAUAAAAGAAAAUUUAGGGUUCAAGGAUGGCAAACCAGUUGCUGCAUGUAUCAUCUAUAAAUGCCUUCUACACUGGCGUGCUUUUGAAUCAGAGAGGACUGCGAUUUUUGACCAUGUAAUUGAAGCCAUAAAUGGUGUUCUCAAGGCAAAGGAAGCAGAUGGUAGACUACCUUAUUGGCUGUCCAAUACUUCUGCACUGCUAUGCCUUCUGCAGAAGAAUCUGCGGUCAAAUGGAUUUUUUGGUACACCUUCUCGCCGCUCUGCUGGAUCUGUAGGGCUUGGUGGGAGGAUAGGCCAACUUGUAGGGCGUGGUGAUACUCUGGCACAGGUGGAUGCUAGGUAUCCGGCGAUACUGUUCAAACAGCAGUUGACCGCAUGUGUUGAAAAGAUAUUCGGGCAGCUCAGGGAUAAUCUAAAAAAGGAAAUAUCGCCUCUUCUUAGUGUCUGCAUUCAGGCUCCAAAGUCAACACGUGCACAAGCUGGAAAAGCUUCCAAAUCACCAGGGGUUGGUGCGCAACAGCCAUCAAACUCCCACUGGGACAACAUUGUCAAUUUUCUAAACUUGCUUAUGGACACUUUACGUGAAAAUUAUGUGCCGUCCUUCUUCAUACGUAAACUUAUCACUCAGCUAUUCUCUUUCAUCAAUAUACAACUUUUCAACAGUCUUCUUCUUCGGCGUGAAUGUUGUACAUUCUCGAAUGGAGAGUAUGUUAAAGCUGGUCUGUCUUCGCUAGAGAAAUGGAUUACUGAUGUUACGGAGGAGUUUGCAGGAACAUCUUGGCAUGAGCUUAAUUAUAUCAGACAAGCUGUUGGUUUUUUGGUUAUACACCAAAAAAGGAAGAAGACGCUUGAAGAGAUCAGCCAAGAUCUUUGUCCGUCUUUGAGUAUUAGGCAAAUCUACAGGAUCUGCUCGAUGUACUGGGACGACAAAUACAAUACUCAGGGAAUAUCAGAAGCGGUUGUAUCUGCAAUGCGGGAAAUGGUCAACAAAGAUACUGCAAACCUUGUGUCAAAUUCCUUUUUGCUGGAUGAUGAUUUAAGUAUACCAUUUUCCACCGAGGAUUUAUCGAUGGCCAUCCCAGCAACAGACUAUGCUGAUGUGGAGCUUCCGGAAUGUCUUCAUCAGCAUCCAUCAGUGCAGUUUCUGCUGGCCUCGUGAUCCACAGCCUGUGGUCCAGGUUGCCAUGAAAACUCGUUGAUCCCCAGUUUUUUUUAUGGGGUUACACCCCUUCAGCGAUGUUGUAUUGUUAGUUUGUAGAGCAGAUUCGUUGUAGGGUAGAAAGGUAAGUUGAUAGCCUAUGCAGUUCUGAAGCAACAAUUGUUGCUGGAUGCUGAACGGUCGUGGAUUGUCCACUACGCUGGCUUCUGUCCAUGAUGUACAAAGAAAACUGUAGAAAGUGUGAAUUGUUUUGAUAAAAUUGAUUGCAUCUGUGGCAAAA